AUGAAUGACCCCGUCAAAAGAAGUGCUUCUCUCUAUUCAAAUCAACUUCUCAAAGGUCCAAGCACACAGAUCAAGGCUCCAGGAACCGGUUUAUUCAAGAUGCUUCCCAACAACGUUAACAAAACUUCUCUCCACCCUACCGGUGUUACUCCUCACCAGGAGCAUACCGAGCUGGAACAGGAGCUCCACGACAAGGCUCACAUCGAUUAUGAUCGUGUCGCCAUUAUUCCCAACCCUUCAGUCGCUGCCCUCUACGAGGAUGCCCUUGUCUACGAGACCGGUACCGCUAUCACCUCCAGCGGUGCCCUGACUGCCUACUCUGGUGCCAAGACUGGUCGAUCUCCCCUUGACAAGCGAAUUGUCGAGGAGGCUUCCUCCAAGGACAAUAUCUGGUGGGGACCUGUCAACAAGCCCAUGACUCCUGAGGUCUGGAAGAUCAACCGAGAACGUGCUGUCGAUUACCUCAACACACGAAGCCGAAUCUAUGUCAUCGAUGGUUUCGCCGGCUGGGACGAGAAGUACCGCAUCCGAGUUCGAGUUAUCUGCGCCCGUGCCUACCAUGCUCUCUUCAUGCGAAACAUGCUUAUCCGACCUUCACGGGAGGAGCUCAAGGACUUCCACCCCGACUACACUAUCUACAAUGCUGGCAAGUUCCCCGCCAACAGAUACACCGAGGGUAUGACCUCUGGUACCUCCGUCGCCAUCAACUUCGAGCAGAAGGAGAUGGUCAUCCUCGGUACUGAAUACGCUGGUGAAAUGAAAAAAGGAGUCUUCACUGUCCUCUUCUACGAGAUGCCUAUCAAGCACAACGUCCUCACCCUCCACUCCUCUGCCAACGAGGGCAAGAAUGGCGAUGUCACACUCUUCUUCGGUCUCUCUGGAACUGGCAAGACCACUCUCUCCGCCGACCCCAACCGAGCUCUCAUUGGUGACGACGAGCACUGCUGGUCCGACAAUGGUGUCUUCAACAUUGAGGGAGGUUGCUACGCAAAGACCAUUGGCCUGUCCGCCGAGAAGGAGCCCGAUAUCUUUGGCGCUAUCCGAUACGGUUCCGUCCUCGAGAACGUCGUCUUCGACCCUCUCACCCGUGACGUCGACUACGACGAUGCCACCCUCACUGAGAACACCCGAUGUGCCUACCCCAUCGAGUACAUCUCCAACGCCAAGAUUCCUUGCCUGUCUCCCAACUCCCCCUCCAACAUCAUCCUCCUCACAUGCGACGCCCGCGGUGUCCUGCCCCCUAUCUCCAAGCUCGACCGCAACCAGACUAUGUUCCACUUCAUCUCUGGUUACACCUCCAAGAUGGCCGGUACUGAGGACGGCGUCACCGAGCCCCAGGCUACCUUCUCCAGCUGCUUCGCCCAGCCCUUCCUUGCUCUGCAUCCCAUGAAGUACGCCAAGAUGCUUGCCGACAAGAUUGAGACUCACAAGGCCAACGCAUGGCUCCUCAACACAGGCUGGGUUGGUGCCGGUUUUGCUCAGGGUGGCAAGCGAUGCCCCCUCAAGUACACUCGUGCCAUUCUCGAUGCCAUCCACUCUGGCGAUCUUGCCAACGUCGAGUAUGAGAACUAUGAGGUCUUCAACCUCCAGGUUCCCAAGACCUGCCCUAACGUCCCCUCAGAGCUCCUCAACCCCUCCAAGGCCUGGACCGCUGGCGAGGAUAGCUUCAAGACCGAGGUUGUCAAGUUGGGCAAGCUCUUCCGCGAGAACUUCACCAAAUACGAGAGCGAGGCCACUGAGGACGUUGUCAAGGCUGGUCCCGUUGUCUGA